CCCCCCGACGGGGCUGCGAACCGGUUUCCGUUCCGCUUGACUUCUCGCCAUAGCAGCGCUGUUUCCGGGUCGCUUCCCCGCUGCGGCGUUCACGCCGUCCUCCCGCCGCAACCAUGAGCGGCGACUCCUCGCUGGCAGUCAUCACUGCUGUCCUCAAAGCCCUCGCUACCGACCCGACGACCCCUCCAGCUUCCUCUAAACCGUACCCGAGCGUUAAGCUGCCGGGCCCCGAGUCCCCCGACAAGACAGAACUCGAGCGGGAGCUUGCGGCGCUUGUGCUCAGGGUGCAACAGCUCGAGGCGAGGGCGAAUGCCGCUUCACCAGACCAUCUCCCGGACACGCCGAAUGAGACUGCCGGCUCCCUCCUCGCAGACGGCAAAAAUAGGCCGCGGCCAAGGUACCCGCCCAGCCUCCCGCGCAAUGGAGAUAUCGACGAGGCGCUCGAAGACCUCCGGGAGCAUGUCGACGACCAGUCAAAGCUGCUCGACAGCCAGCGCCAGGAGCUCGCCGGCGUGAACGCGCAGUUGCUCCAGCAGAAGCAGCUGCAGGAGAAGGCUCUCGCCAUGAUCGAGCAGGAGCGCGUGGCGACGUUGGAGCGCGAGCUAUGGAAGCACCAGAAGGCGAACGAGGCCUUCCAGAAGGCGUUGCGUGAAAUUGGCGAGAUCGUCACGGCCGUCGCCCGCGGAGACCUUUCCAAGAAGGUCCGGAUGAAUAGUGUGGAGAUGGACCCUGAAAUCACGACGUUCAAGCGGACCAUCAACACCAUGAUGGACCAGCUGCAGGUCUUCUCCAGCGAAGUGUCCCGUGUCGCCCGCGAAGUCGGAACCGAGGGCAUCCUUGGCGGCCAGGCCCAGAUCGAAGGCGUCGACGGCACCUGGAAGGAGCUGACUGAUAACGUGAACGUCAUGGCACAGAACCUUACGGAUCAAGUGCGCGAGAUCGCGUCCGUGACGACGGCCGUGGCGCACGGCGAUCUGACCAAGAAGAUUGAGCGCCCCGCCAAGGGCGAGAUCCUCCAGCUCCAGCAGACCAUCAAUACAAUGGUGGAUCAGCUGCGGACAUUUGCCUCCGAAGUCACGCGCGUGGCCAGAGACGUCGGAACCGAGGGCAUACUGGGCGGCCAGGCCGACGUCGAGGGAGUGCAGGGCAUGUGGAACGAGCUGACCGUCAACGUCAACGCCAUGGCCAACAACCUCACCACCCAGGUGCGGGACAUCAUCAAGGUCACCACGGCCGUCGCCAAGGGCGACCUCACCCAGAAGGUGCAGGCCGAGUGCAGAGGCGAGAUCUUCGAGCUCAAGAAGACCAUCAACUCCAUGGUGGACCAGCUUCAGCAGUUCGCGCGUGAAGUCACCAAGAUUGCCAGGGAAGUCGGCACCGAAGGAAGACUGGGUGGCCAAGCCACGGUGCACGAUGUCCAGGGCACCUGGCGGGACCUCACCGAGAAUGUCAACGGUAUGGCCAUGAACCUGACGACCCAAGUGCGCGAGAUCGCCAAGGUCACUACGGCCGUGGCGAAGGGCGACCUCACCAAGAAGAUCGGGGUCGAGGUGCAGGGCGAGAUUCUGGACCUCAAGAACACCAUCAAUACCAUGGUGGACCGGCUGGGAACAUUCGCCUUUGAGGUCAGCAAGGUCGCCCGGGAAGUCGGCACGGACGGUACUCUGGGCGGUCAAGCGCAGGUCGACAAUGUCGAGGGCAAGUGGAAGGACCUCACCGAGAACGUGAACACCAUGGCGAGGAACCUCACGUCGCAGGUGCGCGGCAUCUCGACCGUCACGCAGGCUAUCGCCAACGGCGACAUGAGCCGCAAGAUCGACGUCGAGGCCAAGGGCGAGAUACUCAUUCUAAAGGAGACCAUCAACAACAUGGUUGACCGGCUGUCCAUCUUCUGCAACGAGGUGCAAAGAGUGGCCAAGGACGUCGGCGUCGACGGCAUCAUGGGAGGCCAGGCAGAUGUUGCCGGCCUGAAGGGCAGGUGGAAGGAGAUCACCACCGAUGUCAACACCAUGGCGAACAACCUUACCGCCCAAGUACGAGCAUUCGGUGACAUCACAAACGCGGCGACAGAUGGCGAUUUCACCAAGCUCGUCGAGGUCGAGGCCUCCGGCGAGAUGGACGAGCUGAAAAAGAAGAUCAACCAGAUGGUGUACAACCUCAGGGACAGCAUCCAAAGGAACACGCAGGCUAGAGAAGCGGCCGAGCUGGCCAACAAGACGAAGUCGGAAUUCCUCGCCAACAUGUCGCACGAGAUUCGGACACCCAUGAACGGCAUCAUUGGCAUGACACAGCUCACACUCGACACCGACCUGACGCAGUAUCAAAGGGAGAUGCUCAACAUUGUCAAUUCGCUAGCCAACAGCCUGCUGACCAUCAUUGACGACAUCUUGGAUCUGUCCAAGAUCGAAGCGAGGAGGAUGGUCAUUGAGGAGAUACCCUACACGCUUCGCGGGACCGUCUUCAACGCACUCAAGACCUUGGCCGUCAAGGCUAACGAGAAGUUCCUGGAUCUCACAUACCGCGUCGACAGCUCCGUCCCGGACUACGUCGUGGGUGACUCGUUCAGGCUGCGCCAGAUCAUCCUGAACCUGGUCGGCAAUGCCAUCAAGUUUACCGAACACGGCGAGGUUAGCCUCACCAUUCGAAAAGCGUCCCAAGUGCAGUGUGUCGAGGGCGAGUACGCCAUCGAAUUCAUUGUGGCGGACACGGGCAUUGGCAUUCCGGCAGACAAGCUCGACUUGAUCUUCGACACCUUCCAGCAGGCCGACGGCUCCAUGACGCGCAAGUUCGGCGGCACGGGCCUGGGCCUGUCCAUCUCCAAGAGGCUCGUCAAUCUGAUGGGAGGCGACGUCUGGGUCAAGAGCGAGUACGGCAAGGGCAGCAAAUUCUUUUUCACCUGCGUUGUCCGCCUCGCCGACGGCGAUAUCUCGUUACUCUCGAAGCAGCUCAAUCCCUACAAGGGUCAUCAGGUGCUGUUCAUCGACAAGGGCAGAACCGGCCACGGCGCCGAGAUCGCCCAGAUGCUCAGGGGCCUCUCCCUCGUCCCGAUCGUCGUCGAUUCCGAGAAGAGCCCCGCCCUGGAGAAGCCGCGGACAUCAGGUGCGUCUCCAUACGACGUUAUCAUCGUCGACUCGAUCGAGGAUGCCCGGAGAUUGCGCUCGGUCGAUGACUUCAAGUACCUCCCGAUCGUCCUGCUAGCGCCCGUGGUCCAUGUGUCACUCAAGUCAUGCGUUGAUCUGGGAAUCACGUCGUACAUGACCACACCGUGCAAGCUGAUCGACCUCGGCAACGGGAUGGUGCCGGCUCUGGAGAACAGAGCGACGCCUUCGCUAGCGGAUAAUACCCGCUCGUUCGAGAUCCUGUUGGCCGAAGAUAACACGGUUAACCAGCGGCUUGCCGUCAAGAUCCUGGAGAAGUACCACCACGUCGUCACCGUGGUAGGGAACGGCGAGGAGGCCGUCGAGGCGGUCAAGCGGAAGAAGUUCGACGUCAUCCUGAUGGACGUGCAGAUGCCGAUCAUGGGCGGUUUCGAGGCCACGGGUAAGAUCCGCGAGUACGAGCGCAGCCUGGGCACCCAGCGCACGCCCAUCAUCGCCCUGACGGCGCACGCCAUGAUGGGCGACCGGGAGAAGUGCAUCCAGGCGCAGAUGGACGAGUACCUGUCCAAGCCGCUGCAGCAGAACCACCUGAUCCAGACGAUCCUCAAGUGCGCCACGCUCGGCGGAGAGCUGCUCGAGAAGAACCGCGAGCGCGAGCUCGCCCGCGCUGCCGAGGCCGCCACCGGCGGCCGCCGCGACAACGGCACGUCGGCCAUCACCUCCGCCGCCUCCGCCGCCGCCUCCGCCACCGCCGCCGCCAACGCCGCUACCCUCUCGGCCGCCUUCCAGGCGUCCGCCCCCCGCCCCGCCCUGGCCGCCCGCGCCACCACCGCCGCCGACACCCAAGCCGGCGGGCUCGAGAGCCCCUCCAUCGACACGGCCGACCAGGACGAGGACCCCUCGAACAGGACACAUACCAGCCACUCCGAACCAAACACCCACGCGUCGUAGUUGACCGGGGGUGGGGAAGGUGCCUUGCUGCGCUUCGUGUUCUUAGUUGCUGCCGAGGGCUCAUAGGACUUGAAGCGGCGGGCCGGCUGACACGGAGCUUGGCCUCGCCGCGUUUUCUGCUUGAGCUUUGGGGCCGUUGCUGCGUCUCGCGUCGGGCCGUGGGCGUGGUUGUGCGUGGCAGGACUAAGGGCG